GGUCUUGCUAGAAUGGCGGUGGGACGUGCGGUUCUUGAGUUUCGUAUUUCAGCAUGUAACCAGGGUAAAUUGGGUGGAACUCGUCUACGCGGAUACUCGAGAGAGGACAUAUCUGUAGCUGUUGGGAGGUGUGUCCAACACCGAGAUUUGUUGACCCGCUCCCUCAACAUCAAGGCGUAGCUUCUCAUGAUAGCCGUCACGCCGGUAAGACCGCCCCAGUUGGGCCCAGAAUGGACGUUGGCGACCAGCAACAAUCGCUAAGAGGAAAGUGAAGGUGAAGGUAAAAAUGCAGUCACCAGCCACUGGCUGUGGCGCAGUUCCGCAGCCACGUCCCAAGCUCCAAUGCUGAAUGAAGCUCACUCCGUCACACCUUCGACUUGUCGCCAACUUCACCUGCUCCGGCAGCGGCAUUGUCUGACCCCUGCUUUCCCUUCGUCCACAUCUUCUCCCUUUCGCCUCAUACACUACCACCACAUCACGCCGAUUAUGUCGGCAGCGCUCAAGACGGGCGCAGACGCGCGAGCGAUGCGUAAUACCUCUUUUCCACCAGAGUUCAGCAAGAAAGUUGACAUGACCAAGGUCAACCUGCCUGUGAUCAAGAAGUGGGUGUCGGAUGAGAUCACCAAAAUCCUCAAUAGCGACGACGACGUGGUCACCGAGAUGAUCUUCACGCUGCUCGAGGCCGGAAAAUUCCCGAACAUCAAGCAGAUCCAGACCGACAUUUCCGGUUUCCUCGACAAAGACGCUCCCCCAUUCUGCCUCCAGUUGUGGAAGCUGCUCCUCAGCGCCCAGGCCGACCCCAAAGGCAUUCCGCAAGAGCUGCUUGAAGCGAAGAAAUUUGAACUCAUACAGGAGAGGAUCGCAGAAGACAAGGCGCGCGAGGAAGCCAGGCAGCGUGAGAUCGAAGACCGCGAACGCGAACGAGACUUGGCACGAAUCCGCGAGCGCGAGCGCGGUUCUCGUGGCGGCAGAGGAGGCGGACGUGGAGGUCGAGGCCGCGUACGCGAUCGCUCCUUCGAUCGCCGACCCUCGAGAGACUUGUCCAGAUCACCACCUCCGAGACGUCGCAGUCCACCACGCGCGACUGACAGCUACGUACCAGGCGGACGCGGUCGUGGAGGCAGAGAUGACAACCCCCGUCGCCGUCGUCGUUCACCUUCGUAUGGCCGAUCACCAUCGCGCUCACGCUCUCCUCCAAGACGUCGUAGACGCCGCGACUCAUAUUCCGAUGCAUCUCGCUCACCUCCUCGCAAGAGGGACAGACCAGCAAGCAGUGACGAUGACGACCGUCACCACAGGAGACGUUCACCUUCACCGCGCAGGCGGCGGCGAUCUCCCUCUUACUCUGAUUACUCACGCUCACCACCCAGCAGGCGUCGCCGUCCAUCGCCAUCCCGAUCACCACCACCGCGUCGCCGAUCUCGAUCUCACUCGCCACCGUCGAAACGCAAAGGCAGACUGUCGCCACCAGCUGAUCUGAUUCCAAGCAAAGACCGCAACAAAAACUAUCGCUUGAGUCGAGACAGCUCUUCCUAUGGCGAUCGUCCAGGAAACGGCCGUCGAGGCUCGAAGUCAUCAGAGUCCGUAGCCAGUGGCGGUGCUAAGAAUGAGGUGGGUAACGAUGACUGAACCUUGACCUUUUCAGGAAACCUUCACGCAGUACGAGUAUCAACUAUAGCAAACUUCGAAACGACUAUCACGAGCA